AUGCCCCACUGCAGUACCACGUUUUCAGAAACUGUAACCCAAAGUGAUGCUUCCUGCGAGAGGCCCUUCGUCUGCAAAUUCUGUCAGAAAACGUUUACAUUAAAACACCAUCUUACAAAGCAUGAACGAACACAUACGGGCGAGAGACCAUUUGGAUGCAAAUCCUGUCCACAGACUUUUGCCCAAAAGAUUACUCUUAUUGGGCACGAGCGAACACAUACAGGCGAGAGGCCCUUCGUCUGCAAAUUCUGUCAGAAAACGUUUACAUUAAAACAGAAUCUUACAACGCAUGAGCGGACCCAUACGGGCGAGAGACCAUUUGGAUGCAAAUCCUGUCCACAGACUUUUGCCCAAAAGAUCACUCUUAUUGGGCACGAGCGAACACAUACAGGCGAGAGGCCCUUCGUCUGCAAAUUCUGUCAGAAAACGUUUACAUUAAAACAGAAUCUUACAACGCAUGAGCGGACCCAUACGGGCGAGAGACCAUUUGGAUGCAAAUCCUGUCCACAGACUUUUGCCCAAAAGAUCACUCUUAUUGGGCACGAGCGAACACAUACAGGCGAGAGGCCCUUCGUCUGCAAAUUCUGUCAGAAAACGUUUACAUUAAAACAGAAUCUUACAACGCAUGAGCGGACCCAUACGGGCGAGAGACCAUUUGGAUGCAAAUCCUGUCCACAGACUUUUGCCCAAAAGAUCACUCUUAUUGGGCACGAGCGAACACAUACAGGCGAGAGGCCCUUCGUCUGCAAAUUCUGUCAGAAAACGUUUACAAUAAAACAGAAUCUUACAACGCAUGAGCGGACCCAUACGGGCGAGAGACCAUUUGGAUGCAAAUCCUGUCCACAGACUUUUGCCCAAAAGAUCACUCUUAUUGGGCACGAGCGAACACAUACAGGCGAGAGGCCCUUCGUCUGCAAAUUCUGUCAGAAAACGUUUACAUUAAAACAGAAUCUUACAACGCAUGAGCGGACCCAUACGGGCGAGAGACCAUUUGGAUGCAAAUCCUGUCCACAGACUUUUGCCCAAAAGAUCACUCUUAUUGGGCACGAGCGAACACAUACAGGCGAGAGGCCCUUCGUCUGCAAAUUCUGUCAGAAAACGUUUACAUUAAAACAGAAUCUUACAACGCAUGAGCGGACCCAUACGGGCGAGAGACCAUUUGGAUGCAAAUCCUGUCCACAGACUUUUGCCCAAAAGAUCACUCUUAUUAGGCACGAGCGAACACAUACAGGCGAGAGGCCCUUCGUCUGCAAAUUCUGUCAGAAAACCUUUACAUUAAAACAGAAUCUUACAACGCAUGAGCGGACCCAUACGGGCGAGAGACCAUUUGGAUGCAAAUUCUGUCCACAGACUUUUGCCCAAAAGAUCACUCUUAUUGGGCACGAGCGAACACAUACAGGCGAGAGGCCCUUCAUCUGCAAAUUCUGUCAGAAAACGUUUACAUUAAAACAGAAUCUUACAACGCAUGAGCGGACCCAUACGGGCGAGAGACCAUUUGGAUGCAAAUUCUGUCCACAGACUUUUGCCCAAAAGAUCACUCUUAUUAGGCACGAGCGAACACAUACAGGCGAGAGGCCCUUCGUCUGCAAAUUCUGUCAGAAAACCUUUACAUUAAAACAGAAUCUUACAACGCAUGAGCGGACCCAUACGGGCGAGAGACCAUUUGGAUGCAAAUUCUGUCCACAGACUUUUGCCCAAAAGAUCACUCUUAUUGGGCACGAGCGAACACAUACAGGCGAGAGGCCCUUCAUCUGCAAAUUCUGUCAGAAAACGUUUACAUUAAAACAGAAUCUUACAACGCAUGAGCGGACCCAUACGGGCGAGAGACCAUUUGGAUGCAAAUACUGUCCACAGACUUUUGCCCAAAAGAUCACUCUUAUUGGGCACGAGCGAACACAUACAGGCGAGAGACCCUUUGCAUGCAAAUCCUGUCCAGAGUCUUUUGCCCACAAGUUCAAUCUUACAAGGCACGAGCAAACGCAUACGGGCGAAAGGCCCUUCGGCUGUAAAUUCUGUCCACAAACAUUUUCCCAAAAGUUCAAUCGUACAAAGCACGAAGGGACACAUACGGGCAAGAUGCCCUUUGGCUGCACAUUCUGUCCACAGACUUUUGCCUGCAAGUCUUAUCUUGUAAGGCAUCAGCAAACUCAACAUGUAGUUGAGCAAAACUAUCGCUGUGCUAUGUGUCCACAACCUUUUACGAACAAAACUGAUCUUAAGAGGCACUUGCAGACCAUCCAUUUGAACAAAAUGCCCCGCUGCAGUGCCACGUUUUCAGCAACUAUAACCCAAAGCGAUGCUUCCUGUAAUUCUAUAGAUACUUAUCAGUUUAGUCAUCAAUGUUUAUUUUGUUCACAAAUUUUCGACUCUAUUGGUGAUCUUCAAGUGCACUCACGCACUCGCCACAUCCACCGCUGCAACACGUGUCCACUCAAAUUCAACAAAUACAUAAGCUUUCUCAAGCACAAACAUAGUGUUCACAAAAAUCGCUAA